UUCCUUUCAGCGCAAAUAGAAAAUACCCAAAGCUUUGUCUCGCGAACACAGAAAUCUUAAGAAGACCGAAUAUCACCUCAAAUACAAACCCUAGAAUUUGCAGUUCAUGACCUAAUCCUCUUUCUCGCUAUUCGAUCCUAAAAGCUACUCUUGCAGGUGCUAGGCUUCAUAGAUUCCAUGAUGCAGUCUCCACCCCCGGACAAUGACAAUGCUGAGACAAAAGCUGCAUUCCGUAAACCUUCAAAUCAUGCGGCUAAUAGGAAGUACCGACGACGUUCUCCUGCUUGUGGCUCAUCUUCUUCUGAAGGGAGCCUUAAGGGUGAACGUGGCACUAGUCCAUUUUCUUCAAGGGGAGAUCCUGCAAAACUUUCUGAACAUCAAGAGAGAAGGAAAGAUUAUGAAAGAGAAUUGGACAAGGAUUCUGGUCGUGGCCAGUAUGGCAAAGAGUCAUAUAGACAUUCUGAUCGAUAUUCAUCUAGGAAUUCCCAUGGUUACUCUAGGCAUUAUGAGUACAGCAGACAGGAGAAGCAUGCUGAUGAUGAAGAGAGAUAUUACCAGUCGUCAUCCCAUUCUGGUCGUGAAUCAAGAGGUGCUACUGAUCAUGCCAGAGAAGAAAGUGAACGUGGUAGGUCUAGAGAUUAUAAACGAAAUCUAGACAAAUACUCUCAUGAUAAAAAUGAUAGUUCAGGGCAUAGAAGCAAGGUUAAAGACUCUUUAUCCCUAGAUGGUCAGAAGUACAGAGAUAAGGAAUCCUCUCCUGGCAGAGCUGGAUCUGGUAGGAAACAUACUCUCACAACUUCAGAGGAAAAGGAUAGGGAUUGGAACAGACGGGACAGAGAUGGUCGAGAUGAGAAAAGGGAUUAUCAUAGGAAUUCCAGGGACAAUAAAAGUGAUCAUGCAAUCGACCUUGAAGAAUCCAGGGGGUAUCGAAAUGAUUCUGGAAGGGACCAUGAUAGACACCACUAUAGAGAAUCUUCUAAAAAUGAAAAAAGGGAACUGAAUGAUCCAAAGGAAAAGAAGAAAUAUGAUGACUGGGACACUAACAAGGACAAGGAUAAAUCCAACAGAGCCCCACGGGAGCAGAAUGAAGCUAAACCUGUUUUUGGAAGUGAAAAUCAAGAGACUCUAUUGAAAAAGCCAAAGUUAUUUAGUUCUGACAGAGAUGCUGAUUACAGCAAGGAUGCUGAUGAAAAGCAAUCUUCCAAGCAAGCUCAGGAGGUUGAUGGUAAAGUCUCUGUAGGACAGGUCCACGCCAGUAACCCAGAGGCUAAUAAUGACCUAAAUGCAGCGAAGGUUGCUGCGAUGAGAGCUGCUGAAUUAGUUAACAAGAACCUUGCUGGGGUGGGUUUUAUGUCAACUGAGCAGAAGAAGAAGCUGCUUUGGGGGAAUAAAAAGAGCACAACUUCAGAAGAGCCUGGUCACCGGUGGGAUACCUCACUCUUUGGUGAUCGUGACAGACAAGAAAAGUUCAACAAACUCAUGAGUCUGAGGUUGCCUUGGUACCUAUGGCCAAUUGUAGGGUGUGAAGGGCGAAGUGACGGUGGAAAACAAGCCCGAGACCGAAGAUGGCACUGGUCGAUUGCAGGCAGAGAAGCAGAAGGAAGUCCAGAUGGAUUUAGAGAAGCAAUACACUGCUGGUCUGCGACGAAGAGAUGGUCGCACUGUUGGAUUAGGCCUUUGAGAGCCUGUUUACAAUCAUUUUGCGGUCACAAAGAAAUGUUCUGUUACAUUUUAUUGUGCUCUUUUGCGAGAAUCAUGAUUGUCAUGGCUUACUUUUGUAAUGUUAUUGAGGAGAAUAUAUGCUAUUUGUUAUUAGACAUCUCAGAGUUUUGCAAAAUGGUGUGCAUUUGGACUCUGAACCUGUCUUUUGUCCAUAAUUCUAGGGAGUUAUCAUAUUCUGCUUAACUCAACCAUGGAAAAUGGGCCCAGGCUAUUCUUUUUAUUGGUGGGUUAAGAAAGUCUGGAGGUUUAAUUUUUGGAACUUCGUUGUGUAAUUUCUUUUAUGGAGUUUUUGUCUUUUUACCAUGUAAAUUAUUUUGGUUUUUUGCAGA